AUGUUACCUGAAGGACGUCCUCAGCAGGUGAUUGGUAUGGUACUGAAGAUGAAGAAUUCUCCUGAGCAGGCAAAAACUCUUCAAUGUUCUCAUCUUGAGUUUGAGAGCAGGGAGACGACUAGUCACGGUCCUCUGGCGACCGGUCGUUUUGAAGCAGAUUCGGAUUUGUGGGGGGCCACCCGUCAUUUUCAACCAGCGACCAGUUGCUUUCAGGUAGAGUCUCGGGCCAUCGGUCACUUGCUUCCUGCAACCGAUCGUUUUCAGGCGGAGGCUCCAGCGACUGGUCGCUUGCAGUAUGCAACCGUUCGUUUUCAGUCUGGGACAAUUCUAAAAGAAAAAGUCUUGAAAUUUGAGAGGUGUUGGCAUCGCGAUGCUCCUCCUGUACGGUUGAAAAAUAUAUAUCGUGUUCCCGGAACACAACAUCCAUAG